AUGGCUGGUCGACGCCCGUCCGAGACCAGUGCUCUCCUCAACGAGCAUGGCAUCGAUGAUUUCCGGAAGUCGAUUGCUCAAGUCGAUCAACGGGUCUACGGCACCGCCGCAGAAGAAGAAGUGCCUCUUGUCAAGAAUCCGGAGAUUGAGACAACGUGGAAAGCAGAAACCGCCAUCCUUGCUCGCUACUCGGGACCUUUGAUUCUCACCUAUGUCCUACAGUACUCCUUUUCUUUGGUCACGGUCUUCGUCGCGGGUCGGUUGGGGACCAAAGAACUGGGCGCUGCUUCUCUCGCCACCAUGACCGCCAACGUUACUGGACUAUGUGUCUACGAAGGCUUAGCGACCAGCCUGGACACUCUCACCUCGCAGGCUUUUGGAAACAACAAGAAGCAACUCGUGGGCCUCCACGUUCAGCGGAUGGCGCUCCUGGUAUGCGUUGUCACUAUCCCCAUUGGUGCAGUGUGGAUUUGUUCUCCAUGGAUCCUGUCGGCUCUGGUGCCCGAGAAAGCUGAGGCAAUGCUCGCGGGCACCUUCAUGAGAAUCUACCUGCUCGGUGCCCCGGGGUGGGCCAUUUUCGAGGCUGGCAAGCGACUGUGUCAAGCGCAAGGGGACUUUACUGCAUCUCUAGUGGUUGUCGUGAUUUGCGCACCCCUCAACAUUCUCUGGAAUUGGCUUCUGGUCUUCCGUCUGAACCUCGGGUUCGCAGGAGCAGCAUGGGCUGUUGUAAUUUCCAACAAUCUCCAGCCCAUCGUUCUCGCCAUCUACGUCUCCUGCUUUGCAAGAUCGAACCUGCAAUGUUGGCCGGGCUUGCAGCUCCGCCGUGCUUGUCAGAAUUGGGGUCCGAUGGUCAAACUGGCGUUUCCAGGAGUGCUCAUGACCUUCUCCGAAUGGCUUGCCUUUGACGUCCUUUCGAUUGCAGCCGGCUAUCUCGGCCAGGCGAACCUAGCUGCUCAGUCGGUGUUGAUGACGGUCGCCGUGACCAUCUACCACCUUCCAUUCCCGAUAUCGAUUGCGGCCUCGACUCGAUUCGGCAACCUGAUCGGAUACGGUGCUCUAAACGCCGCUCGGCAAACAUGGCGGACACAUUAUUUGAUCUUUGUAUGCAUUGGCUUAUUCGACGUCACCUUGCUGACCUCGUGUCGGCACAUUAUUGCCGCCAUUUUCACCGACGACGGAUCAGUGCGGACCAUCAUUGCCCAAGUCAUCCCCAUCAUGGCGGCCGCACAACUCUUUGACGCUCUCGUGGCCAUCUCGAACGCCCUUCUUCGAGGGAUGGGAAGACAGAAGAUCGGAGGGUGGGUGAACCUGGGUGUAUACUACCUCUUUGCCCUCCCGCUGGCCUUCUUCCUUGCCUUUGGGCCACCCGACAUGGGACUCAGUGGCAUGUGGAUCGGCCCUUGCUGUGGCCUUGGUUGUGCGAGUCUGAUAAUGUUCACCUACAUGAAGUUCACCGACUGGGGGAAGGCGGUGGAGGACGCUAGAGCUAGAGAGGAGUAA